GGCGGGAGCGGACGGGAGGGGACAGAAAGGGACAGGAGGGGACAGAAGGGCACGGAGCGGUCACGGGCUCCGUCCUGGGUGGACGGCAGUGUGGGAAGGGCUCUGAGCGUGCUGGGAGGUGAUUCCUGUGCUGCUGCUGCUUCUGCUGCCCUUGCAGAGUGUGCCCCUCACCUUGCUGGCUCUGUGUGAGGCAGGCAGGACCCUUCCCUUGGGAUUGUUGUGGACAGAGGAGCUUGGACUGAGCCCAGCCUUUCCCUAGAUCCCAAAAUGAGUUCCAUGCUGAGCUCUGCCCUGCGGAACCUCCCCGUGUCCUCAGCCUGGGCUGCUGGGGCCUUUACUCGAUCACUCAGCUGCUCCUUGCAGUUCCAGUCUGCAGCCCAGCCAAAGACUAAGAAGAGCCUGGCCAAAAGUGGGGUGAAGAAUGUGGUGGUGGUGGAGGGUGUCCGCAUUCCCUUCCUGCAGUCUGGCACCACGUAUGCUGAUCUGAUGCCACAUGACUUAGCCAGAGCAGCACUGCAGGGCCUGCUGACCCGGACCAGUGUCCCGAGGGAUGUUGUUGAUUACAUUGUUUAUGGCACAGUUAUCCAGGAGGUGAAGACCAGUAAUGUUGCCAGAGAGGCUGCCUUGGGAGCAGGAUUCUCUGACAAAACUCCAGCCCACACCGUCACCAUGGCCUGCAUUUCCUCAAACCAGGCCAUGACCACAGGGGUGGGGAUGAUUGCAGCUGGCCAGUGUGACGUGGUGGUGGCCGGCGGCGUGGAGCUCAUGUCCGACGUGCCCAUCCGCCACAGCAGGAAGAUGAGGAAGACCAUGCUGACCCUGAACAGAGCCAAGACCCUGGGCCAGAAGCUCUCCCUCAUUUCCAAAAUCCGCCCCGACUACUUUGCUCCUGAGGCAAAGACACAGUGACCAAAGACAACGGGAUCCGCCCGUCCUCCCUGGAGCAGAUGGGAAAACUGAAGCCAGCCUUUGUCAAGCCCUAUGGAACAGUGACAGCAGCCAACUCCUCCUUCCUGACCGACGGAGCGUCGGCCAUGCUGAUCAUGUCUGAGGAGAAGGCCCUGGCCAUGGGCUACAAACCAAAGGCCUACCUAAGGGAUUUCGUGUACGUGUCCCAGGAUCCCAAGGACCAGCUGCUCCUGGGCCCCACCUAUGCCACCCCCAAAGUGCUGGAGAAGGCCGGGCUCAGCAUGAGUGACAUCGAUGUGUUUGAGUUCCACGAGGCCUUUGCUGGCCAGAUCCUGGCUAACCUGAAAGCCAUGGAUUCAGACUGGUUUGCAAAGAACUACAUGGGCAGGAGGUCAAAGGUUGGAGCCCCUCCCCUGGACAAGUUCAACACCUGGGGGGGCUCCCUGUCCCUGGGACACCCCUUUGGGGCCACCGGCUGCCGCCUGGUCAUCACUGCUGCCCACAGGCUGAAGAAGGAGGGGGGCCAGUACGGCCUGGUGGCUGCCUGUGCUGCAGGAGGGCAG